AUGGAUCCUCUCACCCGCUGGCACAUCGACCCCAAGUCUUCCGCGAUCGAGUCGGAAACCCAGAAAAUCUUAUCCCAUAUCCCGACCACCGCCCCCAGUACGGCCGGCUCGAUGGCCAACUUCGUAGACAUAAUGCACACGCACAUCACCAACCUAUACGAAAUGCCCGGCGACACCCUCUACUCCCGCUACACAAUAGCCUUCAGGAUCAUCCAAACCGCCGUCCGCUGGAAGUUCACCGGUACGACCUUUACGCAGAACAACAUCCACACCACCAUGUCUCAGAAAUACGUACCUCUCACCAUCAUCAAGGGCGCGGGCCAUGAGUACAUCCCCAUCCCCGAGGGCGAGAGCGCCAUCGUCGCAGACUUCCACUCCAUCCGCACCCAAACCACCGACUCCCCCACAUACCUGACCUCAGGCUUCUACCGCAUCAAAGCGGGCCCCACCCGCAACAUCCCCACCUACGACUACGAAGAGACCAAGUACGUUCUCAACGGCCAAAUCGACGUAUUAGACGAGGCGACCGGCGUCACACACCACCUUGUUGCGGGCGACUUUGCUUUCUUCCACGUUGGCUCUAAGGCGCAGUUUUCGAGCAAAUCGGGUGGAACGGCUUUCUUUGCGGUUACUAGGCCGGUUAUUACGCAGCAUCCUGGGUUGAAGGGGAGGGAGGAGAAGGUGUUGAGUAAGUUGUAG